AUGGCGGUGAUAUCAUCGAAUAAUCAUAAAACAAAUGAAGCAAGUGAAAAAGAAAUGAACCGUUAUAAAAUGGAUAAUAAAAAAAGCUUAAUUACCAAAAAUCAAAAUAAUGAAGAUAAUAAUAAAAACACAAGAAGGAUAAAUUUAGAUAUUACUGAUGAAGAAAUAAAAUUACAUGUAAAAAUUAUAGAAUCCUUAUAUCCAAAUAAAAAAUUAAAAAUUGACAAAGUAAUUAAUGGGACUUAUAAUAUAUUCACAAAAUUUUUAGUUCAAUCUCAUAUUGAUGAUUUUAAUUCAUUUAUAAAUGUGUAUAUAAAAAAUAUGCCUGAAACAUUACCAGUUAUUGAAUUUUCUCCUAAUCUAAAUAAAUACUCUUGUUUAAAUUAUGAGAAAAAACCAAAAGAACGUAUAAAAUUUUAUAUAAGUGAUAUAAUAAUAAAAACCCCAGUUAUAAAAAAUGAUAAUGGAAAUACAAGACCUAAUUACCCAUAUUUAUGCAAAUUAGCUUGUAGCACUUACGAAGGUGAAGUUUUAGUUGUAAUAAAUAAACAAUAUAAAAAUGAAAUUGUUCGAACUACUGUAAGUACAGGUUUUAUUCCUAUUAUGGUUUUAUCAGAUUUAUGUAAUUUAAAAAAUUUAAAUAAAAAAGAAUUAGUUCAAAAGGGGGAAGAUGAAAGCAUAUUAGGAGGAUUUUUUAUUGUUUCUGGUCAUUUAAAAAUAAUAAGAUAUGUAAUAUGCCCAAAAUAUAAUGCAAUAUUGCUAAACGAAGAAAAUAAAGUUCAUAUAAAUUGUUUACUAAGUGACAAUAGUGUUUUUAUUAAUUCUUUAUCUUAUUUAAAUAAUUAUGAAUAUGAAUAUUUAUCACGAUUCCAGGGGUCUUUUAUUCGUAUAGCAUUCAAUGUGUUAAUUUUAUGUCUGAGCCCAAUAAAAAAAAAAAGUUAUAUAUAUAACAAAAUUAAAUUGGGUAUAAAAAAUGAAAAUGCAAUCAAAUAUAUAGAAAAUUAUAUAAAUUCUAUUUUUUUAAAAAAUGAUAUUAAUGAAAAAGAAGUAUUCGAUAAAUAUAAUUUAAAAUAUUUAGGAAAGUAUGCAAAUACUUCAAGAACUAUAUUUAGAUAUUAUGACGGAAAUAAUUAUAAAAAAGGAAAAAAUGUUGUCAAAUAUUGUGUAUUACCACAUUUGCAAAGUAAUUCAGAAAAAUUCGAAACGAUUUGUUUAAUGUUUAAACAAUUAGUUCUAAGUAAAUUUAAAUUAAUUAAUACAGUAAAUAAAGAUUCUUUAGAAUAUCAUUCUGUAACAACUUGUAGUGGUUUAUUAUCAAAUAUUCUUAAAGAAAGAAUUUUAAGUUGCUUUUAUAGAAUGCAAAUGCUGUAUAGUAGAUCUCUUCAUAGAUUUUUGGAAAAAAAAUAUGAAGGAUUCAAGCUCAAUGUUAAACAAAUAUAUCUACGUUACAAGGAAAUGAUAUUGCAUGAAUUGAGUGAAGACCACUUCAAUCAGAUUUUGCUUAACAAUACGGAUAAAUUGGAAAACAAUGAAGAAUUAACCUCGGAAAAUGACAAUAUGAUCAGCAAGAGGGAUUCGACGAAAAAUCUCAGACUUAUGUUUAUGAACGAAAAGGAAAAAUUAUUUACAAAUGUCGAUGGGUACUUGAGAGAAAUCUUUAGUGAUUCUCGGCUAUUUAUUGAAAAUACUAGAACAUUUGGAGUUGCAUCUUUUGCUAUAUCAUAUCUUUUUAAAACGGGGAAUAUAUCAUCUGAUUAUAUACAUUACCAACAAAAAAGUGGGUGGGUUAUUUUAGCAGACGAAAUUAAUAACCUUAGAUUGCUAACUAAUUUUAGAGCUAUACAUAGAGGUAGUUUUUUUCAAGACGUUAAGGUUUUAUCACCAAGAAAAUUGUUAGGAGAAUCUUGGGGUUUUAUAUGCCCUGUCCAUACGCCUGACGGUUCGCCAUGUGGUUUAUUAAAUCACCUGUCUCAAUAUUGUUGUAUUCAUAAUGUUGCUAGUAACGAACCACAUAAAUUUAAUAUAAAAAUGUAUUUAAAAAAAAUUGGAAUAAAUGUUAAUUUAGAUGAAACAAGUGGUAUACAUACUGUUUAUGAGAAUCAAACUAUUCCAAUCAUUGUUGAUUCGGUUCCAAUUACAUAUAUUAGUGAAAAUGACUUUAAAAGAACCGUUUAUAAACUGAAAUAUGCAAAAAAUCAUAAUUUAUAUAAUUUAAAGUCACAUUUUGAAAUUAUUGCACACUUAAAUGAGCAAUCAUUGAUGGAUAGUAUAACAAUUCACACAUGUACAGGUAGAAUUAUAAGGCCUAUAUUAAAUCUAAAAAUGAAAUGUAUUGAAUUUAUUUCACCUGGAUAUCAACCAUAUGUUUCUAUAGCUGUAAAUUAUGAUGAUAUACUAAAAAAUAAUUUGGCUCGAAAAAUUUUAAAAAAAAAAGAAAAUAUGGUAAAUUUAAAUAGUAUAAACAAUACAAAAAAUACGAAAAAAAUGACCCUCAAAGAACAAUAUCAUUUUUAUACUAAUAAAAAACAUAACAUAGAAAAAGAGGCAGAAAAUUAUAAUGAAAGUGAAAUUGUAAGAAAAAAAAAUAAAAACAAAAUAUUAAAUAUGCUGGAAAAUAAAAAACAAUAUCAAUUUAAUGAGGAUGAAUAUAUUAGUAGCUCUGAUUAUGAAACAAGUAGUGAAUCUGAUAAAUAUUCAGAUGAUAAUAUGUCAUCAACAACUUAUAUCGAUAGUGAUGAAAACUUGAAUAUAGAUAUAUAUGAACAGAUUCCUCAAAAAUUUGAAUAUAUGGAAUUAAAACAAACAUCCUUUUUAUCAUUUUUAGCUUCUUUAACACCAUUUUCUGAUCACAACCAAAGUCCUCGUAAUAUAUAUCAAUGUCAAAUGCUUAAACAAACAAUGGGGAUACAAAGUUUAAAUAUGUUUUAUACUUUUACUAAUAAAAUUUAUAGAAUUAUAACACCACAAUUUCCACUUGUUGUUACAAGAGAUUAUGAAUUUUAUGGAGUUGAUAAUUUUCCUAGUGGUACAAAUGCGGUUGUUGCUAUAUUAGCAUAUACAGGAUAUGAUAUGGAAGAUGCACUUAUAAUUAAUAAAGCUAGUUCAGAUAGAGGAAUGUUUAGAACACAUAUAUAUAAAACGGAAGUAAUUGAUUUAUAUAAAAAAACAAAUUCUCCUGAUUUUGCUCUAGGUAAUAAUGUUAGAUAUACUAUUAAUAGUUUACCAACGAAAAAUAAUCCUCGUGAAUAUAAAGGAAGAUUUUUAAAUAAAGAUGGUUUACCAUGUAUAAACCAAAAAAUACUAGAAAAUAAUCCAUUAUAUUCAUAUAUAAAUAAAAAAAAUGAAUUAACUACUUAUGAAGUUUUUAAAACUCAUGGUGAUUAUUAUGUUGAUUGUGUAAGUAAUUCACAAAGUAAUAAUCAAGUUGCAAUAAUAAGAUUAAGAACAACUAGGCCACCUUUAGUAGGAGAUAAAUUUGCUUCAAGACAUGGACAAAAAGGUGUUGUCUCAAGAUUAUUCCCUCAUGAAGAUAUGCCUUUUUCAGAAAGUGGAAUCGUUCCAGAUGUUAUUUUUAAUCCUCAUGGUAUACCAUCACGUAUGACGAUUGGUAUGCUUAUCGAAAGUAUUUGUGGUAAAGCUGCUUCUAUAUAUGGCAAAAGAAUUGAUGCUACUCCUUUUAGAAAAUAUACUAAACAGAAAAGUUUCAAUAACCCAUGGAUUGAUGGUUGUGGAGCAAAGGGAUUUCUGAACAAGCAAGAUGAAAAUGCUGAUGAAAAAAAAACUACUAUAAAAAGUUCCACCGAAAAUAGUGACACAACUGAAAUUAGUUACGAUGAAAAAAUUGAUUUUUUUGCAAAAUUGCUACUAAAUAAAGGAUAUGAUUAUUAUGGAACAGAAUUAUUAUAUAGUGGUAUAUAUGGAGUCCCAUUACAAGCACAUAUAUUUUUCGGAGUAAUUUAUUAUCAAAGAUUAAGACAUAUGGCUUAUGAUAAAGCCCAAGUUAGACGGACAGGACCUGUAUGUCAUUUAACACACCAACCUUUAAAAGGUAAAAAAAAACAUGGUGGUAUAAGAUUAGGAGAAAUGGAAAGAGAUGGUUUAAUAUCGCAUGGUUGUAGUUUUAUAAUUAAUGAAAGAUUUUUAAUGAAUUCAGAUGGACAUGAAUGUUUUGUUUGUCCUAAAUGUGGAUUGAUAUUAUCUCCAAUUUUGCAAUAUAACUGUAGUGGCAAAUUAAUGAAAGGACGGUCAAUUGGAGGAAAUAGUAAAAUGGCAGUUUGUAAAUCGUGUAAUGUUUCAUGCAAAAUUGUAUAUGUUCCUUAUGUUUUGCGAUAUUUGUUGAAUGAGUUGGUCUGCUUAAAUAUAACAAUACGAUUAAAUAUACAAUCUAUAGAAUCCAUGUUUGGCAUGAAAUAA